AUGCGUCUCCUGCGCGGACAACUCCUCCUCGCUCUCAUCGUAGGAGUGAGUGCUCUUCCCGUCGCGGACAAAGCAGAGACGGAUGUCGAGGCCGGUGAUGAUCAUCCUGCCGACGACGCCGGAUACGUGCCUUACGCUAAGUACGAUCCCUAUACCUCCUACGGACAAUACAUGCGAGAUGCGGAGGAAAAGAGGGGAGAUGACGGCCACCCUCCUCCACCAACCGAUUAUGGAAGCUAUGCUCCAUACAAGUCAUAUGCCCCUUACACAACCUAUGGCAACUAUAAACGGGGUGAGGAUGACGCCGGCCACGAAGAUCAUGCCGGCUCUCCAGACGAUGGAUAUGGAGAUUAUGCCCCCUACCGCUCUUAUGCGCCUUACGAGGACUACCACACCUACAAGCGUGACGCAGAGGAGAAGAGGGGAGACGAUGACCACCCUCCUCCUCCUCCACCUCCAACCGACUAUGGAAGUUACGCUCCAUACAAGUCCUACGCCCCUUAUACCACCUAUGGAUCCUAUAAGCGGGAUGCAGAGAGCACCUAG